AUGGCGAAUAAAAAACUUACUGCAAAGCGUACUAUUAAAAAAAUAACUACUAGGACUCUAGUUCAAAAUCGGUGGUCCAAUCGUAUUUUAAGAGAAGCAGCUAGUACGUCAACAGACGAUGUUGAAAGCGUACAAAGCGUAAACGCUGCAGACUUUGUUAUACCAAUCCUUGAGAGCAAAGCUCCAUUGGCUGGUAGAAGAAUAGUUGACAUUAAUUAUUUUUUCAAACAAAUCCAAGAAAGUCUGCAUACUGGUAGUUUCGGAUGUAGUUUUUUAGAUAUGGACUUUGUUAGUGAAAUACACGUUGGUUUUUUGUCAAAAUUUAAAUUUAAAUGCAGAAUGUGUGGCAUAAAAACGCUCAUUUUAUCUGAAAAAACUGGAGAACCUACUGAACAUUUGCCAAUCAAUGAAGCAGCUGUAAAUGGUACAUUAUCAAUAGGAAUAGGACAUAGUCAGUUAUCAGAGUUUACUGCUGCAAUGGAAAUACCGUGUAUGUCGAACACAACAUACUCCAGGGUGCACGAGACAGUCAGUUUUUCAGUUCAUAACACAGCUUGGGAUGAGAUGAAAAAGGCAGGUGUAGAGGAACGGGAAUUGGCAUUAGAAGCUGGAGAGGUCGAUGAAAAUGGAAUACCAAUGUGUACAGUAGUAGCAGACGGACAAUGGUGUAAAAGAAGUUAUAAAACAAAGUAUGAUGCACUAUCUGGAGUGGCUUCCAUCAUUGGAUAUAGAACCAAAAAAGUAUUGUUCGUAGGUAUAAGAAAUAGGUAUUGCGUCAUUUGUCACCGUGCCGCUUCUAAAAACGAAAAACCUUCUGAA